UUGCCACAAAUAUCCCCUAUAUGAUGAAUAACAUUAAUGUUCAUAUUUAUUAUAACACUAAUAUUAAUUAUAGCCAUAGUAUACUUUAAUUUUAAUUUAAUAUCAUCAAGUAAAAAAGAAUAUAAAGUUGUUCAAUAUAAUUGAAAAUGAUAG